CUGAAAGCUGUAAGCUGGCGCGAAACAGCUGGAGUUGGGUUUGAUAACUAACUUUGUGCUGCGUCUAAAAGAAGCCAGUGUUAAAAGAAAGUUGUAUCAACCUUCAGCUGUUUCAGACGAUUACAAAGUAGGAGCUACUGCGGAGCUGGAAGGAAUACCUCUGAAAUACGUCAUUUUAAACACCACCUGCGUCUGUCUGUGCUGCUGCUGACUGACGCUAGGGAAUAAUGCCUUCACUGACUCUAAACGGAGUGACAGUAAAUUUCCCCUUUUCUCCAUACGAAUGUCAGAAGACAUACAUGAGCAGAGUGAUUGAAUAUCUUCAGAAGAAAGUCAAUGGGGUUCUAGAGAGCCCCACAGGCACGGGUAAAACUUUGUGCCUGCUGUGCGCCACCCUGGCCUGGAGGGAGAACUUCAAGGAUACCAUCUCUGCCCGCAAGAUAGCAGAGAGGCUGCACAAGGAGGAGAUGUUUCCAAACACACCUCUGUCAUCCUGGGGGAAUGCUGCUACUGACGGUGACAAACCAGCCUACUACACUGAUGUCCCCAAGAUCAUAUACGCAUCCAGGACACAUUCUCAGCUUGCGCAGGUUAUCAGUGAGUUAAAGAACACAUCAUACAGCCCAAAGGUGUGUGUGCUGGGCUCAAGAGAGCAGCUUUGCAUCAACCAGGAAGUCAUGCGUCAGGAGAGCAACCAUGUCAAGGUCCACAUGUGCAGAGGAAAAGUUUCCACCAGGUCAUGUGUCUACUACAACAAUGUUGAAGAAAAGAGCACUGACAAAGUCUUGGUUAAUUCUAUCCUCGAUGUGGAAGAUUUGGUUAAAUUUGGCAACAAACAGAGAGUCUGUCCUUACUACCUCUCCCGCUCACUGAAGCAACAAGCUGAUGUCAUUUUUAUGCCAUACAACUACCUUCUGGAUCCAAAGAGCCGCAGGGCACACAAUAUCGAGUUGAGUGGAGCUGUGGUUAUCUUCGAUGAAGCUCAUAAUGUGGAGAAGACAUGUGAAGAAUCAACAUCAUUUGAUCUAACUCCCUAUGAUGUAGCCUCAGCCAUUAGUACUGUGGACAGGCUGCUUGUUGAGCAGGCUAAAGAAGUCGGCCUCAGAGACUGUGCGAAUGAAGACUUCAACGUAGAAUCCGUCAGCUCUGGGUUAAAGUUGGAUAUAGCCACCAUUGCUAAAGUUAAACAGAUACUGCUGGAUCUGGAAGCUGCCAUUGAUUCCUAUGACGUCCCAAGUGACAAAGGCAUUACCAAACCUGGAAUCUUCAUCUAUGAGCUGUUAGGAAGAGCUCAUCUGACCUACAGCAGCAAGACGGCAGUCUAUGAAGCUCUGGAGCAGAUCAGCGGACACUUGGCGGGACAACCUGGAAUAUUCUUCAAUACAAGUGGAUUGCAGAAGCUAUCUGAUAUCAUACAGCUGGUAUUUUGUGGUGAACCAUCAGAAAAGGACAGACAGCACCAGAUGGAAACCAACACAGCUCAUUUUAAGGUUCACAUCCAUCGGGACACCAGCAUUCACAGAAAGAAGCAGAGUGCUGAUGUGUGGGCUUCGUCUUCAUCAAAGAAACAAGGCAAUAUUCUGAGUUACUGGUGCUUCUCUCCUGGCUUCAGCAUGCAGGAGCUGAAGAAUCAAGAGGUCCGCUGCAUUAUUCUGACAAGCGGUACCCUCUCUCCGCUGUCCUCUUUCACCUCUGAGAUGAGGAUAGACUUCCCAGUGCGUCUGGAGAACAGCCAUGUGAUUGAGCGGGACCAGAUCUUUGUGAGCAUCAUUGGACAAGGCCCUGAUGGAAAGCACUUAAGCUCAGCGUUUGAUCGGAGGUUUGUUCCUGAAAACAUGGCAUCUCUAGGAAACACUGUUGCCAACCUGAGUCGUGUGGUUCCUCAUGGACUCUUAGUAUUUUUCCCUUCCUUCCCUUUAAUGGAAAAAACACUGGAAUUCUGGAGAGCUAACGGACAUUCAGACCGUAUUGAGAACAAAAAGCCCAUCUUUGUUGAACCUAAAGGGAAGGGCACCUUUAAUGAGGUUAUCGAUGGAUAUUACAGCAAAGUCAAUGAUCCAGCAACCAAAGGAGGAGCCUUCUUUGCUGUGUGUCGAGGGAAGGCCAGCGAGGGUCUGGAUUUUGCAGACACCUUUGGCCGUGGUGUCAUCAUCACCGGCCUUCCUUUCCCUCCAAAGAUGGACCCUCGAGUUAUCCUGAAAAUGCAGUUUUUGGACGAGAUGAGUCGAAAGAAAGCUCCCGGGCUGAAGUACUUAUCAGGACACGAGUGGUACAGACAGCAGGCUUUCAGAGCCGUGAAUCAGGCCAUCGGCAGAGUGAUACGUCACAAGGAAGACUAUGGAGCCAUCUUCCUGUGUGACCAGAGAUUUAAAUAUGAUGAUGCGCGGGCUCAGCUUCCUUCAUGGGUGAGGUCUUAUGUGCGCCUCUAUGACAGUUUUGGCAAUGUGGUCCGUGAUGUGUCUCAGUUCUUCAGGACUGCACAGAAACUGAGGCCUGUGGUUGAGAAGAAGGCUCCAGCAGAGACCUGUAGGACUGUGUGUUCACCAGACACUCAGUCCUCCAGUUCCACUUCUUGCUACUCCUCCCACAGUUCACCCACCCAGAAGGCCAAAGUGCUGGACGCCCACCUUCCCAGCCUGAAGAGGAGGAGACUCAAUGAGAACAACGGAGCCAAGGGAAUGGUCAAUAUCUGCAUUGAGUAUGAGAGUGAGGUGCAGGAGAAUCAGAGGAGACCGACCAACCUGCUGGAUGCUCUGGAGCGAGGCAACCAUUGCACUGGAGAGGACAGUGAUGUUGCCAUGGGAGAGGAGAAGGCAAAUCGUUUGUCCACACUGUCUCUUCAAUACGACAAGAGGACGGAGGAUGAAUUGCGAGGAGGAAAACGUAAAAUCAAGUUGGUCCAAGAUCAGAUGAAGAAACCGAGCGUCUCUGAGGAUGUGUCCGAAGAAGGUAAAGCCAGCAGGGCUAAGAAGUUCCUGGCAGACAUGAAGAAAUCCCUGAGUCAGGUCAGCUUUGACCGCAUCGUACAGGCUCUGCAGACCUACAAGAAGACUGACGACCUGGAUCUCCUGCUGACUGAGACAGCAAUCUUAAGUGAAGACACUAAUACUCACAGUCUGCUCCGUGGCUUCUACCAGUUUGUUCGCCCCCAUCACAAAAAGAGGUUUGAUGAGAAGUGCCAGGAGCUGACGGGGCAGGGCUGCGGGUUCAAACCUGAUCACUCUCUGUCCAAAGACCAGAAGAAGACCGUGAUGCUGCAGAGUGUUGCAGACAGAGGAGCUGCUGUGGGUCUAAACUCACUGCCUACCUGCAGUCAGCUCAACAAAGGAGGACAACAAAGGACCCAGCAAGGAGCAGGAGAACAUCAGGCUGGUCCUGCACCAAAGAAUGAAGUCCACACGACGUUCCUGACGGAUGUGAAAAAAGCUCUUGGAGCAGAGAAAUCAGCACAGCUGUUUCAGGCCAUUCACAGCUACAAAAAGACAGACGACUAUGAAAAACUGGUGACCACAGCAGUGAGCUUAUUCACAGAGAGAGAUGAGGAUUUCAACCUUCUUGUCAGAUUUGGCGUGUUUAUUCGUCCUUGCCAUAAGAAGCAGUACAAAGAGAUGUUGGAUGCUUUGAUCGGUCAGCCGGUCUCUGCUCCUGAUGUUCCUGCUGUGACUGAAGAACAGCAAAGACAAAGUGAAGCUUCUCCUUUGAAGUCCCAAAGCAAGAUUUCCAGUUUUUUCUCAAGCAGCCAAAGAAGAUAGAAUCCAGCUGAAUAUUAAUGGACCACAAUUCAUGAACUCAGCAAUAUUACACUGCAAACUAACUUGAGUUAGGUUUUGUAGUUUCUGCUUGCAUAUCAGCAAAUCGGUUUUAAUAAAUGAUCAAUAUUGAUUUGCUGAUAUGCAAAUUGAUCAUUUAUUAAAACUUACUUUUGGGAAAAGGGAAUUUUUAAUGUUACUGUAAAUAAAGUGGGUUUUUUCCCCAUGUCAUGAAAUGUAAAUCUAAUAUGGAGAAAUAAAAUGGUUUUUCUUUUUUAAGCUAA